AUGUUGUUCAGCUCCGUGAUAACCUUGGCGACUGUUGCCAGUGCCCUUCCAGCGUUUAUCGACUUGGGGGCGGAAACAGUGUUCGUCGGCGACGACGCCAAUGAGGCCCGUCUUCUCAAACUUGGGCCUAACGAUUUCAAAAUUAGCACCGAAGUCGAAAAGCUUCACCUCAAACGCAAUGGGCAAAAUUUCAUCGAUGUAACUAAUCAAAUCAGUAUUGAUGAAGCCAUCGCACAAGGUUUGGUAGGGGAAAGAUCAGCCAGCUUCAACUUGCCUAAAAUUUGGGGAAAGCAAAUUAACGACAUCGCCCCUAUUCCCAAGUACAACUAUCCAAAGGCAGCUAACAACAAAAAGCGAGUCAAGAAAGUGUUCACACUAAUCGACAUGGAAACAGUCCGCAAGAACUUGGCUGAGCUUACAUCAUUCCGUACAAGAUACUACAAGUCUCUGGAAGGUAAAGACAGUGCUGAUUGGUUAUUCAAAAAAGUUGAGGAGAUAACUGCUCCUUUAGGAAAGAAUGUGCAUGUUCUGAAGGUGCAUCAUAACGGAUGGGGUCAGUACUCAAUCAUUGCUCUGAUUGUAGGGAAGAGUGACGAUAAGGUGGUGGUUGGCUCUCAUCAGGACCUGGCCAAUUUGAUUUUCCCUACACUUAUGGCGGCUCCCGGAGCUGAUGAUGAUGGUUCUGGCACAGUGACGAUUUUAGAAGCUUUGCGGUUGUUAGUGCACGAGAUCAAAGUGAAGAAUCUUGAACUCGCCAACACUUUGGAAUUUCACUUUUAUCUGGCCGAAGAAGGUGGUUUGCUUGGUCUGAUUGACGUGUUUUCGAGAUACGCCAAAAAUAAGGAGACGGUAUUGGGUAUGUUGCAACAGGAUAUGACGGGAUACUCUCAAGGUAUGAAGGACGCAGGCGUCCCUGAACACAUGGGGCUUAUAACUGACUAUACCAAUGUUCAAUUGAAUAAUUUUAUCAAGUUGUUGAUUGAAACAUAUAAUCUGAUUCCUUACCGUGAAGAUAAAUGCGGUUACGCAUGUCUGGAUCACGCUCUGGCACUCGAGAAUGGUUAUCCUCUGUCAUUUGUUAUUGAGCUGGCCAAUGAGUAUACCAACAAAUACAUUCACAGUGUGAUGGAUACUUUGGAUCGUCUCGACUUUGAACAUAUGCGCGAACAUGUUCAAUUAACAAUCGCCUAUGCUAUUGAAUUGGCCACAGCUAAGAACCUUUAUUGA